AUGGACCCGCCCCCCAGCGACGUCGACAUGCCCCCCGCCGAUGUCCCAGAUCCCCCCGACGACAGCGACGACAGCGACGACGAGUCCGACAGGACCGCCUCCCCCGCCCCCUCUCCCCCGCCAGCGCACUCCCUCUCCCCCGCCUCUGCCGCCCGCCCUCCGUCCGCAGAGCCCCCGCCGACCUCCGACACCCACGACGCCUCGUCCCCAUCGUCCUCCGACGCCCCCACCGCGCCCGACAGUGGCCGUGGCCGCAAGUCCAAGCCAUCAUCCUCCAACGUACCCGUGGCGGGACCGAGCGCUAAACCCAAGUCCGCCAAAUCCGCUCCUCCUCGUGCCUCCCCGUCCCCGCCGCCCCCGCCGGCCCGCCAGCCUCUGCAGACGAUCCGGCUCGAGAUCCGGCUCGGGGGCCAGGAGGACUACGAGGUCAACAUCGCCGACCUCGCCAAGACCACCGGACAGCGCCCCGGGACGCCUGUGCCCGAGGAGGUCAAGCGCGACUCGAGCGACGACAGCGAGGGCGACGACGAGGCCCCGCCCGAGGUCGUCCAGGCCGGCGAGCAGAAGGUCAAGCGGCGAAGGAGGGUGACUUUGGCUGACGGCGUUCGCUUGCAGCGGAAUCAUGCGUCAGAGUACUACGACACCGCCGACCCGUUCAUCGACGACUCCGAGCUCGCACAGGACGAGCGGACCUUCUUUGCGCAGACCAAGCAGAAGGGAUUCUAUGUCUCGAGCGGGCAAGUCGCGCUGCUGAACAAACCCGUCGUUGGGAAGAAGCCAAGGUCGAGGAAGGUCAACAUCCUUGCACCCUCAGCUUCAGUCUCGGCCGCGCUCUCCACCGUUCACGUCACGUUACCAGCCCUCUCGGGCGCGGGACCGUCCAAUGGCUCGAUAUCGGCGCCGGUGAAGAGCGAGGACGGCUCCCGCGACGCGCCAAUAGCUCUACUUUCCGAUGCCGAGGAUGGCAGCAAGAUCAAAAGGAAGCACAGCGCGGACUCGAGCAAUACUGUGAGCAUCUCCGAGGGAGGCGCGAAGAAGCGCAGGAAGACGGUGGAAAUUCAACCGUUUCAUCCCGAGCUCGAGAAGGCUAUCGAGGUUCUGAAGGAGGCGAUCGCGAAGGAGAGCUGGGACGUGAAGGGCAAGUUCCCGCCCGGUCUCAAACCUUUGCUUGGUCAAGUCGCCCUCAAAGCCGUCGUUCUUGGUCAAUAUGACGAGAACUUCUUCAAUUUGAUGCCUCGGCUUUUCCCUUACAAUAAGUUCACUAUGACUAAACUUAUCAAACGGACCGUGUGGCGGGAUCACACGAACCUCUUGACCGACCGUCAAAAUGCUCUCAUCGAGGACCUCCGCGUUCUCGCCUCAGCCGGAUUCGCGAAAGCGAAGGAGGAGUGGGAGCGGAGCGUGAUGAUGUGGGAACGACGCCAGGAGCGCGCCAAGGGCGAAGGCGGCGCAGACGGCGCGCCUGCUGGCCCCGGGGCGGGCCACUCGCACGAGGGCUCCCCCGCGGCCAGCGACCACACGCCGAGCAUGGGUCCGACCCCGCUCGAGGCGCGCACGUCGAUGGACGAUGGAGCGGAUCACGACGACGGCGCAGGCGGCGGUGGCGGGCGCGGGAACAAGGACGCGCACCCGCCCGCGCAGCGGUACCGUUUGACGGACCAAAUGAAGGGCAUCAUCUGGCAGCUCGUGUGUCUGAGCAACGAGUGCUGUCGGAUCGAGAACGAGAAAAACACUUUGGAAGGCUCGAAUGCCAUUGUGAGCGACCAGGGCGUGCGCAAGAACUUGUACCAGAAGAUUGUCGCGGCGUUCCCAGACGGCUGGCUGUCCUCGGGUCAGAUAUCUCGAGAAGUGAGCGUCAUGAAGAAGAAGUACGAGAAGGAGUCGAUGGAGGCCGAGUGA